CCAAGCAAGAUUUAGAGGAUUCCUUUUCAUACUAUGGACCGAUCAGGAAUGUUUGGGUGGCCAGGAAUCCACCAGGCUUUGCCUUUGUGGAGUUUGAGGAUCCUAGAGAUGCCGAAGAUGCUGUGAGAGGCUUAGAUGGGCGCACUGUUUGUGGUCGCCGAGUGAGGGUAGAAAUGUCGAAUGGUGCUCGUAGCAAGGGUGGCUUCCGAGGCCCUCCUCCUCGUCGAAGUCGUCCGUUUCACCCUGAGGACAGGUGUUAUGAGUGUGGCGAACGUGGCCACUAUGCUAGAGACUGUACUCGCUAUAGUAGCAGCCGACGUGGAGGGCGUCGCAGGUCAUACAGCCGGAGCAGGAGCCGUUCCCGUUCAAGGGACCGUCGCUCACGCAGCCGCAGCGCUUCACGCUCCAGGUCACGCAAUCGCAGCAAGUCCCGCAGCCCCAAGGACCGCAGCAAGAGCCGAUCCAAGUCCCGAUCCCGUUCCCGCAGCAGGUAAAGAAGCUUCUCGUAACCCAGGGCAAACUAAUACACCAUUCGCUGUUUCCAUCGUGCACCAGUCAGAGAGUGUUUGGCUGUUAGGAUCACACCUGCUGAAUGUAACUGAAGAUAUAUGUUCUAGUGAUAUUCCCUCAGAUGCUGUACGUAGUUUGCCCCUCAACAGUCCUAGGUUUAAACUAUGUUUAAUGUUGUCAUUUAUAAGGACAUUUUUAUUGAUCGUAUUGGACUUGUACAUUGCUUUUUUCCCACAUUGUGUUACGUAAUAAUAAUUCAUUUUCAAUUGUCGCAAAUGAAGAGGAAAUUAAUUUUUAUGAACUAUUUUGUAAAUAAUACAAUAUACUUCUGUUAAUCUGCUCACUUUUAAUCUCAUCAUGUUUUAAUUUAUUUCCCGUUUUUUUUUUUUUUUUUUUUACCCACAAAGUCGCUGAAGAUGAUUUCCACCCACAUAAUACAUUAGUUAUCUCUGCAUUUGUGUUGACGAUAAGCUUAGUUAAAUUUUCUUAUGUAAAUCCAGUGUUAGUUUAGUGCUAGAUUAGAGUAAUGUAAUUUCACCUGUGCAAUCUAGGGCAUUCUCAAUGUUGUUUCUUGGAAUUAAAAAAAAACUGGAAUAAAAAUAAAUGUAACCUAAUUUUGGGAGGAUUUCUUGUUUGGUUACCGACCGCUGAAGUAUUGGUGAACAGUUUAUAUUGGAAGGCUGGAUAGUAAUAUUCCUUUUGUUUAUUUUCUUAAGUUGGAAUGAAGCCAUAAUCGUAAUUUGUUAAUUUUGUCUCUUUAACUUUUGUAAUAGUUGAAGAGUAUAUACUAUGAUUGCGUGAAAUAUAUAUAUUAAAAACAGUUA